GACAGGCAAAGCACUCUGUAACACAACACAGCACCGUAGCACUUGUUGCUUCUUCAGCAAACUGUAUAAACCGUAACAGUUUAUCCUCCCUCGUCCUUUUCUGCUUUUUGUUUUCUCAGUUCCGUAACUAGGAAUUUCUCUCUCUCUCUGCUAAGUGGGAGUUUCAAAAACAGCCAAGAGAUGGUUUAGAGGAGGAAAGAAAGCAUUGCAAGCACCCUUUAUGGAAGGAAGCAUAGCUCUUGUUGAACUGGAACCUUUUCUUCCUUCACCGUGUAAGGAGAACAGCUCCUAGCUUGUGGGGCUCAAAAAUGACAGACCCGUCUCCUGCUAAUGGAGAAGGAAAGGAUCCUGAAAUUGAGCUCUUUGUCAAGGCUGGUGUGGAUGGAGAAAGUAUUGGGAACUGCCCUUUCUCACAGCGUCUCUUCAUGAUACUUUGGCUCAAAGGGGUUGUAUUCAAUGUUACAACAGUUGACCUAAAAAGAAAGCCAGCUGAUUUACAUAAUUUGGCCCCGGGGGCCCACCCACCAUUCCUGACUUUUAAUGGGGAAGUCAAGACAGAUAUCAACAAAAUUGAAGAAUUUUUGGAAGAAACACUUUCACCUCCAAAAUAUCCCAAGCUUGCUGCCAAGCAUCGUGAAUCAAACGCAGCAGGAAUAGACAUCUUCUCCAAAUUCUCGGCAUUUAUCAAAAACACAAAGCAGCAGAACAAUGCCAGUCUAGAGAGAGGUUUAACAAAGGCUUUGAAGAAGCUAGAUGACUAUCUGAGACAUCCUUUGCCUGAAGAGAUAGAUGCAGGUAGCCCAGAUGAGGAAAAGACGUCAAAGCGCAAGUUCCUGGAUGGGGAUGAGCUGACCCUUGCUGACUGCAAUCUUCUACCCAAGCUUCACGUUGUCAAGAUUGUAACCAAAACAUAUCGAAACUAUGAGUUCCCAGCAGAGAUGACUGGACUUUGGCGAUACCUGAAAAAUGCUUAUGCUCGGGAUGAAUUUAUCAACACUUGUGCUGCUGACAAAGAAAUUGAAAUCGCUUAUGCAGACGUAGCCAAACGGCUCAGCAAAUCCUAAUCCAGAUCUGCAAGAUCCACUUUCUCCAGAUAAUUCCUCCUUCAUGCCUUCAGAAGUAUACAUAAAAUAAUUACAAUGGGCAGCGCCCAGGCUGAAUUAGUCAUGACAAAGCCCAUUGAAAUUAAUGGGAGGUUAGCCACUGUUUCAUUGAUUUCAGUGAUGCUUAGUCACUAUCUGAGUGGCACCUUUAUCACUUCACCUUUUGACAGCGAGAAAUACACCUCUCUUUGUGGAGAAAAUGUAAUGCCGUGGCAAUGCAGAGAAGAAAAUAUUUCUUAAAUAUGUACCAGUAAGCUGGUAAAAUUCAUGAUCAAUGUUUUGAAACCGUAUAUCAUUUUCUUUGAUUAACAGCUAUCUUCUAAGAGUAUUCUUUAGCUGGAAAUGUCAACAUUAAGUUGAAUAUAAAUAUAAAGUACUAUUUGGAAACACACUGUGAGUGGGACUAGGAACUUUAAAUUAGUGGAAGAUGUGACUGACUGAGAAAUGGGGCUGGAUCAUAAUGGGAGUAUAACUUUAGGAAAUAGAUUUAAAAGCUUCUUUGGAAACACAUCCUGUUCUCAGUUAUAAUAAGAGGCUUGUGCUACCGGUAAAGCCUGAAUGAAUGCUAGAAUUGCAGGUGCGGAUUAACAUAGUGUUGCUCUCAGGACAUAGUGCUGAAGUGUGGAAAUGGUGAGUGAAAUAAUUUCGUAUACAUUCAUGACUCAAGGAUGUUUGGAGGAGUCAUGUCGAUACAAAAAACCAGACAAAAGACAAAAACAAACCACUCUUGUUUUGAGACAAGAAGGCACUGCAUUAAUGGAAUUCAGGUAUGUACCGAAAGAAUCCUCACAUUUAGCGGUCGUCAUUCUCAGUAUACUUGCCAACAUAUUUCUUAGCAUAUCAAUAAACAAGAAAGGCAUGAAACAGAAAUUGGUGCCUCAUGAAUUUGGGGACAAGAACAUGAGCUUGAUUUCUUUCCCUAAGUUGGUCUAAAAGUCCUAACUACAGCAGUGGUGUUCUAAAAUUGCAAGGUUUUCUUCCUAAAGUGGAAGCUUGGCUGGUGUUCAAGAACCAUCCAAGAGACAGUGGCUUGUCUAAGUCUUUCCUGCUUUGUACCAUUAGGGUUUCUUUGUGCUCACAGAUUGAUUUUGUGGAGCUGAUUAUUUUGUGUUACAUCCAGCCUUUGCAUAAAAAAGAUGUGCUUGAAGCCAGUGGGUAUUUUCCCCUGUAAAUUGCUUCAAAGCCUAUUUUCGUGUGUGUGUGUGAGUGAAAUAUAGAGAUUGUAGCUUCUAUGCCAUGGCACUCUAAGAAACAAAAGUUUAAGUCAGAGUCGUAUUUAAUGGGAUGCAAGUAAGUUGAUUCUUUUGUUAUGCUUGACUGAUGACUUCGGUGAGAGUCACAUUCAACAUUUUUAUUACUUUUUUUCAAGACACAUAUUAAAAAGGGAAAAAAAUUAAGGCCCAUGUUUGUAAAGUACAAACAAAUGUCAUAUUUGUGAGCUAUGUAUCCUUUUUCACAGCAGACUUGCUUCCCACCCCCCCUCCCCCACCCCACGGCAGCAAUAAACUGUGGGACAUUGAAAGCUUUUGUGCAAGUUCCAAACGUAAUCUUAUUCUCCAUGUACAUGCUGCAGCAAGCUUCUGCGCUACUUCCUAGCAUGAUUUGCCCGUUGUACACGUGCUGAGCAGGGACCUCAUGUAGUUUUCAUAGCGCCACCUGCUGGCCAGCUCUUGUGUUCUGAGAAGAAUUCACCCUCCCCUGCCAUUGCCUCAAAAGUAGGAGUUUUGAGUUCUUUUCAGAACACAAAAGCUGGCCAGCAGGUGGUGUGGCAAAAAUCGCAUGAGAUCCCUGCUUGAUGUGUGUACAGAGGACAAGGUUGCACUAGAAAGUAGCAUGGAAGCUUCCUGCAGGAGAUGUAUGGGAAGUAUCGUGCUUAGAACUCGCACAAAAGGUUUGCGUGUGAUUGCCAUCUGGAAACACCCCUGGAGUCAUGUAGUGGACAAAGUGUCAGACCUGGAUUCAGUGUCCCCAGUCAGCUGUGGAGCUUCCUGGGUGGCAUUAGACAAGUUACUUUCUCUCCACCUAACCUAUCUCGCAGGAUUAUUGGGACAACAAAGUGGAGGUAAACCCAUGUGUUGCCCUGAAAUCCUUGUGAAAUACAAAUGUGUUAAUAUGUAUAAAUCCAGAGGGUGUCCAGGGAGCACAUGCAUCUUUAGGACAUGGAGGUAUCUCUUCUUAAGUGAAGUGUAUGUGUGUUCUAGGAGUUGGGACUUAUGAUGUAUGUCUUUAAAAACUGAUUGCAGACAUAGCCUCCAACUCUAGAGCUAUGAAGGAUGGACAAGGCAGUAGAAGUCAUCUCCUCUUGCACUGAUGCAAUUCUGACAUAUUUCCAUUGACUGCAGCAAAGUUUCUUUGUAAUUAAUGCAAACCUAAAAUGAGCCAGGAAAAAAAAAUCUUGGCCACAGAAAGUAAACCCUGUUUAACCCUUGUUUUAUAGCCAAUAUUUUGUUUGCACCAGACUUUCUAAUGCCUUGCAAGAAAGUCCAUGAACUUCCCUGUUUUCCCUCUGAAUGGACAAUUUAAAUAUAGGCUAGACUUGAGAGCAAAGGCACACACUUUAAAAUACUGCUGAGAAAUCAAUUGGCUCAGAAAGCACAAGUAACAGCCAGAAAAAUCCAAUGAGAUCACAAAAGUCUGACCAGGCACACGAGGUUUGUAAAAAAAAAAAGAAGAGAAACAACUUUGCUUCAUAAUAAAAUAACCAGAUUGGAAUUAUUUCUAUUUUAAAAGUAUGAAGGUGUUUGGUUUUAUUUAUUUUUAAUUCAUGCUUUCCCCCAUGUUCAGCAUGCAGCACCAGCUGACUCUAUAAAACUGUUAUGAACAAGGCCUCUAUGUUAUUGCAUAAAAAGCAAAGAUGUCUGGUGGGGGUUAUUUUUUGGCCACUUUGACUUUUUUACAGAACUAGAUUCUGCUUUUGUCAUUACAUAAGAACAGCCCUGCUGGAUCAGGCCCAAGGCCUAUCUAGUCCAGCAUCCUGUUUCACAAAGUGACUCACCAGAUGCUUCUGAAAAGCCCACAGGCAAGAGGUGAGGGCCCAUCUUCUCUCCUGCUGUUGCUCCCCUGAAACUGGUAUUUAGAGGUAUCUUGCCUCUGAAGCUGGAGGUGGCCUAUUGCCACCAGAUUAUAUUCAUCAUCAGCCAAGUUUAGUGUAACUAGAUUUUGGUCCAGUUCACAUAAUCAUUAACCACUUAUUGAUGGGAACAACAAAUGAUGACUUGCAUGUGUGUUUGAGCACUCACAGACUAAUCAGCAUAGAUUAGAAGUUCCAUAUCAUUUGAUAUCAACUAAAGCGCAAUACUGCUAAAUUGAGAUAUUUCACAUAUUUGGCUAUGAGAUAUCAAGUAUUCAGUGAUCAUGGUGAGAGAUCAUUUACAUGCAUAUGUGAACCAGCCCUUUGAUUUGGACUAAAGAAUCAAGACACAGAGAAAUGUGUUAUACUGUACGUAAACUUUUUUGUCUCCUGUUUUACAAAGUGAUCAAAGAAGCAAGUGAAGCAGCUAAGAACAUGUGGUUAUUGACUUCUUUUAGCAUUGCUUGGAACCAGAACUUUCUGUUCUGCUGAUACAGUAAAGUAAAGUGCCCUUGAGUCAAUCAAUCAAUUUAUUAUUGCGGCCGUAGGCCAUACAGAAAACAUACAAAAAUUAAAGAGAAUUAAAAACAGAAUAUACUAGCAGUAGUAUGGUACAUAAUAAUGAACAAUAGCUCCUAAAAUUUGGGUCUUAAACUGGAUCUUAAUCUAAUAGCAACAUAGAAGAAUUUUGCCACCACCUUGGUAAUCUCAUUGUCUUGAUCUUCCAGACAGAAAUUCAAAUAAAAGGGGUCAGCUCUUCCUGGGAAAUGCUCCAAUAGAGGAAAUAUAAGUUCUUUUCUGGUAUCAGAAUACAGGGAGCAAUAAAGCAGCACAUGCAAAACAGUUUCAGGUAGGCCUACACCACAAGGGCACAGGCCAUAAUCUGAAGAUCCCUUAUGAAAUCUUUUUUCUAGAAGGGCUGAAGGCAACACAUUCAUACGGGCCUUAGUAAAAGCUAUCCUAAACUUGGGAAAGUGUAGGGAAGCUAAAUACUUGGCACCUCUAUUCCCCAAAGGGGGCAUGAUGCCGAAAAAUAGGGGAGAACAGGUCCUGUUUCCCCUGGAGACAAGAUUUUGGUGGUCAAUAUCAUGAAGGUGUUGUAUAAGUGUGUGCCCUUGAGUCAGUGUCGACUCCUGGCGCCCCCAGAGCCCUGUGGUGUUCUUUGGGAGAAUACAGGAGUGCUUUACCAUUGCCUCCUCCCAUGCAGUGUGAGAUGAUGCCUUUCAGCAUCUUCCUAUAUUGCAGCUGCCCAAUAUAGGUGUUUCCCAUAUUCUGGGAAACAUACCGGUGGGGACUCAAACCAGCAACCUCUUGCUUGCUAGGCAAGUCAUUUCCCUGCUGCAUCAUUAGGUGGCUUGCUGAAACAGUAGGUUCAUCAAAACUUUUUUUCAUGCAAUCAGCUGAUGCUAUUCAUUUGCAGAUGUGCCAUCUGCACCACUUCCUGUGAUUUGUCACCAUGUGCUCUCUCCACUUCCUUGUUUUCUUGCACAAACCUGAAUCAUUUAGGUGAUUCAGUGGGUUUGAAUCAAAAUGUCUCAUUCAGCCAUUGUCUGUUCCUCCUACUCUGCCAUUGGCACUUUCUUUCUUGUCUGUGCAUCCAUUUACUUGGUCAACUUGCCAACUUUGUUCAUUAGCCAAAGCUAGAAUUCUGGGUACCUAAUGUCCCCGGAAUCCUGCUAUAUCCUUCUCCCACCUCAAAGUUCCCCUACACUUUCCCUUUUUUCCUUUGUAUUGCAUCAAAUUGGGGCAGAGUAACUGUUGUAUAACGGAAUGAAGCACAUGAAUAUGACCAUUUUCGGAGGAUGUGGUGGGAAGGCAAGAUCCAGCAUGCCUUCCCCUGCAGAUGAUCCUGUUUGUUGUGUGGAAUGCACUGCUUGCAUGCCCACAUGAUCCACACUGCUCCCAGCAGCAUGGAUCUCUCGAGGCCAGGAAAAUGAGUCCUGGCCUUCAGGGUUCUCUAAAUGUACCACAGGAGCAGUGCGGUGCAUUUAGGGAAUCCCCCAUGAGUUGGAUGUUCUAGGCGCCUGACUCUGUGUUUGUUCGGACUGCGGGCAGCUCAAGCAUGCACAUGACCCCAAACCUGAGAGGGCAUGCUCGCAUCCUCUAACCCAGGUUAAAGCCUGGGGUAAAUUCCUGGGUGCUGGUAUUGGCCUUGACCCAGGUUGGGCUAGCCCGGGUUCGGCUGCGCGUGUGCACAGUCUCACUGGGUUGUCUCCAAAGGAGUCAAAGGAGUGCCAGUGGAAUUCCAUUCCCGCAGUGGGGCUUUCCUGACCCUCCUCCCUGCUAAAACCUCCUGGGCUCCCUGAAAAUCCACUCUCAAGGGUUGAGGGGCCCUUUGGAACAGGGUAGGAUGGGAUGCUGGGAACUGCAGCAGGAGUGGGAAAAGGGCAGGAAUGGGCUGAGAGGGCUGCCUGGCAUCAGUGGAAGUGUCACUCUGCUCAUGCAAGGCUCCUUGGGAUUUAGCUCAGCAUAACAACACAUAAGGAAGAAGAACCCCCAGGUGUACCAUUCUUGUAGGAAGGGGAUAAAACAUGUGUGUAGAGGAAAGGUGUGAAGAUGAGUUCUUGGGUAGCAAGGAUUAAGACUGAGAUUUAAAUUAAAUGAACAGCGACAAGAAGUUGGUAUGGGUGCAACUGUAUUGCUGUUAGUAGACCAGAGUGUAAAGUGCUUUAUAGCCUUCAUGCCAAAACCACCAUCCCCACCAGUGUUCCCUGUAACAGGGAUUUCCUGAGGUUGUUGACUACAACUCCCAUAAUCCCCAGCCAAAGGCCACUGCAGCUGUAGUCAACAACAUCUGAGAAUCCCUGUUACAGGGAACACUGAUCCACCCUGUUUUAUAGAUUGGAAACUGGGAAUUAAUAUGGUAAUUUUUAAAAGGCUAUGAUAAGACUGACGCUAAGUAAACCAUCACUGUCUGUUAGUCCACACAAGAUUGUGGCAUGUACUUCAGUGCUUGAAUUAUGAUGGGGCAGAUAUUGCGGGGUGGGUUGUGGGGGAGGCUUGCUGAAAUUCACAAGCUCUGCUGAAUUUCAGCCAAUUCAUGCAUCCCUGUAAUCUUCUUAAAACACUAGCUAAGGGUGCUGUCACAAAAGGUAAAGAUAUUUGGGCCCCUGUAAUUCAAGCACUGUAUGCCAGCCUUAAAUUUGUAGUGCUUUGAUAGCGAACCUGAUAGGAUAGGAUACUGAAAUUCCACAUUUUUCUACAUCUAGAAUGCAACAAAGUGAUUAAAAAACUUGGUGAAAGAGAAAAGAAAAAAAUGUCUUUACAAUUUAAUAUCCUGCCUAAUUUAAUGAGUACCAAAGGCUUGGGUAGCAAUGGGGAAAGUAUGUGAACUCCAAAGGUUGUGUCCAUUGUCAGUUAGCUUCAGAUUGGCUUCAGAACUUUAGCUUCUUGUGGCUGUCUUUGCUGUUUGAAUAUGAAGUAGUAUGUGCUAAUCAUGCUAAAGAUUGUUUAUCUACAUUGGCAAAGCAAGAUUUCUGAAAAGAAUCUAAAUGACAAGACAGACAGUAUGGAUUAACAAUAACUUUGUUCAUAAAUUUCUCACAAGAUGUAAAAAAAGAUGCAGAUCAGAGAGAAAAGUAGCCAACAAUAUGGAUUUAAUCAUCAGUGUUUCAGAAAAUGCAGACCAAAUGUCUGUAAAGAUGUCCAUUGUAGCCAAACAUUUCUUAGAUAUUUGUUUCAAAGACACCCGUGCUUCACGCAGUACUUCAUUCCUAUCUGGGAUCCACAUUGAUCUCACUCCUAAUAUUAAUUUUAAAACUGCUGAAGGGCACCAUUUCUUGAUAGGAUCCUUGAGUUGUUGACAGUCUAGCAGAGCUAUAAAGCUAGGCAAUGAAGUUUCUAGGACAUCUUGAAUAGGAACUGUGGCAAACUCCUCUCCACUUUUAAGGAUCUUGAUUUCAUAUAAGUGUGUGCUCCCAAGAUUUAAAUAUCUACCAAUAAAAUGUGUUUUUCUUAGAGGAUAUAUUGUAUUCAGUGUAAGAAGCUGACACUAACCCGAGAACUGCUUCAAAAAUUACAUAGAGGCAGGGAAAGAGGAGCAUGAAAGCCUCACAUUACUUUCCCCACUUCUGUUGUGACCUAUACGGGGAGUAGAACUCGUGGGUCUCGAGUCUCUCUGUUUGCGAGAUCCAUGGAUGACCCACUUCUCACAUUAGCAGUGGAAGUAGGGAAAGGCAUUUUGUAUUUUUGGCCCUUCUUUUCCCCCAUGUAUUGUCAAUCAAUUUUAUUGUUGCUCAGUGCAAGCAUUAUGUGGAAAUUUUCAAGUCUGGAGUGAAAGAAGGAACAUGCACACGAGAGAGAGAGAGAGAGAGAGAGAGAGAGAGAGAGAGACGCGCUGCCAGAGCUCUGUUUGCCUUAUGCUCCUGCAGCAGUUCAGGAUGCCAACCCCAAACCAGGCACUUUUUAAACAGCACAGCAGCUUGCCUCUUUGGCUGUGGGCAUUGGGAACUGCUUCAGAAAAAAUAGCAAGCUUCAUAUACAUGCACAGUACUUCCUCCUCACGCGACUCUUCUUUGAAUCCCUAUAACUAUCUUGUUGUCUUGGUCGGCCUUUAUUUCCAUAUCCAUGACAAAUACCAAGUCCUUCUCCCAACUAUGCUGGAUUUUGAGAAGGGAUAUUUGCGACAACGGGGUGGGGGGAAAGGCUUUCUGUCCAUCAGUGCUCACUGCCACAAUCUCAUAUCUGUUCUAUGGCACUUGUUCACUCUCCCUACCCUUUCUAAUCCACCUACAUUUUUUCUUUUCAUUUUCAAUGGGUGUGUGAGAGCUUGACAUCGAACGGGCAUGGUACGACUCUACUGGUGGUCAUACCAAUGGCUUUUGCACAUGCACAGAGGUCACUAAAAUGGUCCCUAUGCAUCCACAGAGGCCCAAAGCUGAACUAGGUCACCAGAGUGGCUACUCUGGGGCAGGCCGAUGGGCAGGGGGGAGCUGCCCUGCCAUCGCCUCCCCCGACAGCCACCACCGUCAUAGCCACGGCUUGCACUUGUAAGUACUAAAUUACUCCCCUCCCACCCCCUCUGGGUUUAGGUAUGCCUCCCUGCCCCUUUACCAGUGGAGCUCCAAGCCAGUUUGAACUGGUUAGGCAGUUGAAUCAGACCAGGCCCGGUUCGACUGAUGCCAAAACUGAGCUGGGCUGGGUCAGUUCAAGUCCGGCCCAGAUUCAAACUGAACCAGCCUGGCCGGUUUUGUGCAUGUCCCUAACAUUUUCCUAGUUUACUGAGUACUGGAACUAGGCAACAGAGAUAGAAAUGUUAUACACAGGAUGGUCAUUAUCUUAAGUCUCUUAAUCUUGGUGACACCCAUGAGGACCUUUUGCUCAUGACAAACAGCAGCCCCCACUGUGAUAGUGAUCCAUGGGCUGCAUCUGGCGGCUAUUCAUUUACCAAAGAAAACUUAAAACACAUCUAGGAUGGUGAUGCAUUUAAAGUGUAGUCAUGUGUAGUUUGACUAUGUUGCCCAAUCAUUGGAGGGGAUAAACCGUCCUGAGCCUUUUGGAAGGGCGGUAUAAAAGUUUUAACAAAUAAAUACAUACAUACAUACAUACAUACAUACAUACAUACUAAGAGAUUGUUCUGGAGCAUUUUGAUAAAUGCCAUCUUGUUAAUGUUGGCUUCUGGUUUAAGCUUUGGCCAUGUUGGUUCCCCCCGCCCUGCAAGCCUUGAUAAUAGUUAUUCUAAUCAGCAUGCGUCACUAGUCCAGUGGACUACUUUCCAUGGGGUUCAAGCAAAAAUCUGUUCCUGCGUCUUCUAUGUACCCACUUGGAAAGUAGGUUUGCAGCAUAGCUUCAUUCAUCAGAAUAUUUUGAUGGAUGUGUAACAUUUCCAGACACUCCUCUCACUGAGAUGUUUGCAGUUGUUGUAAGACUACCCCUGUAUGAGACACACCCAGGGAAUUUAAAUAAAUUAGUCCUAUUUGAUAGUCAUGCUUUUGUACAGGCUUCUAGUAUAGUUCUAGUUGCCUAGUGAGACAUAAUUAAUGGGACUCAUAGAUGGAAGAAGCUGUUUCUCCUGUACAUUCAGGAUCAGUGGCAACUCUGAAUAUGCAAUUAAAUGAAAUCAAUGGCUGACAUGAGGAAAAUUACUCAAAGUAGCCCCAUUGAAAUUAAAGGCGUUGAAUUUCAAUUACUCCAAAUAGUCCCAUUCCUCAAUUUUCCUCACUAUAUCAACCAACAUACAUCUUCAGUGAAGUCUGGAUGAGAGAGAGAGAGAGUUUAGAAAUCUAAUUUCCCCCCUUAAUAGGCCCUUAAGCACUGGUGUAUUUAUUUGUUACCUGUAGACACAGCUUUAAUGUGGCCUGUUGAGCAAUGCGAAGCAUGCUGCCCCAGGUAAAUUUCCAGCCCUCCUUAAUGCCAAUGCAUGUAAAACUUGCACUACUGUAGAAUAAUGUGAAGAAAUGAAGUGCUGCAGAUUGGCUACCAGUGAGUCAGUCCUCAUAUGCCUGCAGCGCAACCUCUAAAUUGGUCUGACAUCAGAAACCACAGGGCAGGAAUGCCAGCACUGAAGUGAUUUUUUUUUUUUGGGGUCACCAGUCAUUUUCUAUUUAUAACAACAGCACAACCCCAUUUUAUAACAGAACAAUAAGGCACAACAGGAGCAUGCAUUGUUCUGUUCAAAUCACUUUUCUCAAGUGGGUGAAUUUAAAGGACUUAGCUGUUGGCCUCCUGCCUUACACUACACACAUCCAGGCGAGGCAAUUAAGGAACAACAAUGCAGACCCUGUUGUGUCUGAAAGCUCAAAGCCAAUUGGGGUUGAGCAACAAUCUGCUAUGAAACAGUUUGAGAACAUACUAAGUUGCUCCUUUGUCUGUGGUGUUUCGUAGUCAAGCCACUGAAACAGAAGCAUUAAUAUUAAGAAGUGUGAGGGGGGUCACUUUUAAUAGAGUGUGUGGUUGUUGCGGGGGAGAAUUAACUGCGGUGACUGAAAUAUUCUGCUAUGGCUGAAAUUGCACAAUACUUUAUUAGCUUUCUGCAGCCUCAUCUCAGUUAGCUCUCUGUUGAAAAGCUCCUUCACUUAAGUUUUAAUUUUUUUAAACUGUAAAAGUAAACUUUAAAAGUGAAUGUAACCGAAGGAUAUGAGUAGCUAGAAUUCUUAUUUAUAUGAAUUAUUGUAGAUGUCGUGUUUCCGGGAAAUAGUUUUAUUAGCAAUUACUCUAAGCAGUGUUUUACAAGGCGGCGAGAUGUCCUUUGAAUCAGGAAAGAAAAGUCUGAUGCCAUAGCAGUUGCCUUCUAUAUGAUUUUUUUGCUGGACUAGAAUUCUGAUAUUUUUCAUUUUCAGGAAAACGUAGGGUUCUGAUCUUGAGUGGUAACCUAUUUGAAACACAAUAAUCUGCAGACAUUUCAUAAAUUAAUUUCCACUACUCAAUUGCAGUCCUCGCUGAUCAAAAAUCAAAUUCAUAAGGCACUCUUAGUUUUAUUGCUACAUCACCAAGACAGUGCUGCCAUUGACUGCUUUUUAACACGAUUGCCCCAGAGCCCGCUGGGGACCUCUUGCCUAAUGGAUGGAUAGUUAUUGUGGCUGACACCCAGAGCAACAAACUGCUUGUGAAAGGGCAUUGUGCUAGUGCAAAACAGUUGUAUUACCUAGUUGUGCUCAGCUUGGGCUGCUCUGGGAAGAGCAUCUGCAUGCAGAUGGUUCCAAGUUCCCUCCCCAGCAAUUCCUAGAUAGGGCUGAGAGAGAGACUCCUGCCGCUACCAGUCUGUGUUGACCAGGGUUGCUCAACUUUGGUCUUCCUGCAGAUGUUGGCCUACAGCUUCAAUAAUCCCUGGCUAUGGCUGGGAAUCAUGGGAGCUGUAGUCCAGAAGCAGCUGUGGGUCCUAAGUUGAGCAGGUCUGGUGUAGACAAUACUGAGCUAGAUGGACCAGUGGUCUGACUCUGUAUAAGGCAGCUUCCUAUGCUCCUAUGUUGGGUCUCAGCUCCCACUUGUUCACCUAACAAAUUAGCCUUGUGACACUCCUGUUCUUGGGCUGCAGUGUAGAGACACUGCUGUCAGGCAGAAUGGGAGGAAGUAACAGGUGCUUGUCAGAUGUCAGUGAAUCUAUGAACUGCCCCAAAUUUAUGAAAUGUUUAUGGGCUCCUAAAAUAUUGUAUUGUACAGGUGAUACAAUACUUUUAAGUUUCUUGACCCGGUGGGCCUGUAUUCCUUAUCUUAAAAUAUGAACAAACUCUCAAGAAGAUGAGGAUCAAAGAUGGGUAGAUAAUUCAGUCUGGAGCAGUUUAUAACCAAAAUAGGAUACUGUACUUUAUUAUUUGCAAGUAAAGAAUUGACAUUCUGUCUGUGUGUCCAUGAUUUAAUACAGACUCAGAAUUUAGUCUAGUCAUGGGUCUAUUUUUAUUUUUUGAAUGCCAUUUUGGGGAGGGGCUUCACUGAAUGGGAUUUUGCCAUUGAGCAGUUUGGCUCCAUCCAAUUUUUAAGGACUAGAGAGUUGCCUUUAAAAUUACUGCUAAAUGUUUGUAAUCUGUCAAUGGUGGCUGAUAUCUAGACUAGCAAAGGUGCUAGUGCGGUAGACCGACAAGUUGCACUAAUGCAAGAAGAUCACAUUGUUGUGCUAAAACCAGGGACUUGUGAAACUGUUCUUGCACAAAAGUUCCCUUUAAAACAAACAAGACAUGCAGUUGUGUAAGCGCAAAUGUUCCUGCGGGAACUCAAACUAGUCUGGAACACAAAUUCAAGAUUUGGCACAACGAGUGCAACAGCUUUGUGCGAACGCAAUGUUCUUCCGCAAGUGCUUCUUUAAUCAGGAUUUUAACCAGUUUACUCUGGUUGAGUCUACCUGACAGUAGCACAUAAUCUAAUCAUUAAAUGAUGCUAUUAUUUAAAAAAUAAGAGUAGCUGAGUUGAUUUCAUUUUUUCACUUAAAAAAUAAAAUCUCAGUUGGUUUUUUUUGGAAGGGCUGUGGAUCAAAGAUGAAGAAUUAUUUUUUAAAGUAUUAAUGUUUGUAUAUGUUGAAAGAUACUGCAGAACUUUCCAAAGCUGAGAUGUUUUGUAAUGCUUUUUCCCGUUCUUGAUUAGCACUUGAUGAUUUCAAUAAAAGGAGUUUAUUUUCUCAUAUUAA